AUCGGCGAAUAAAGCGAAGCUGGUAAAUGGUUGUAAUGUGAAGUGUAAAUGGAACGACCGACAACUAUGACCGCUUAUCACAUUCACAGUCAGUGUGUUCAUUUCGUCCAGCCUGCGGGACGUUGUGUUGGUAUUUUUUUUCUACGUAUGACAUUCCAUUUUUUUUUUGUCUCAGUUUCUUUGUUUUGUUUGCUUUGUUUUUUUUUCCGCGAGAGAUGAUAGAGGAUUUUGCCGCUUUUUUUUUUUGUCUCGCUUUUUGCUUUUGAGCCGCACCACCCGUUUUUUGUCCGAGACGAGGACUUAUUGCAUUCGCUUUUUCAUCAUGAUUACCUAAACGCAUGCAGCUGACCAUUCCAACAAGAUAAAGAACGCAUAGCGCCGUCAGGAACAAAUUUCUAAACUAGACGACCUCGUCGUCCUGCGCAACUCCACCGAGAAAGAUCCGGAAGCCUCGUGAAGAGAAGAUCUUCCUAUUCUAUCGCGCUUGACCUCCAUUCAAGAAAAAAACCGAAAACCAUGAACCGCGUCGAGUCAAAGAAGCGCGACAUCGCGGCGAAGCGACAGAGUUUGACAGGAACGGCAACAUCCACCACGUCCACUGCCGCUUCCUCUUCGUCGAACGCGACUUCUUUGUCGCGGAAUUACAGUAAGGAAUCCAUCUCGCGCGCGCGCUCGAAAUCAACGCAGAUGGACGUUGGCGACAUGCACUCGCGGCAAAAUUCGAAGGAGCCACCGCGGUGCAGUUCGAAGUUGCGAAAAUUGGGCUUCAAAGACCUGAACGAGUACGAGGAAGGGGAGCUGGAGCGGGACUUCGUCGACAAAGUUCAGCAGGGCGACGACUCCUGGGUGCUCAACUGCCUCGCCGCGGUCGGCCGCCCGAUCCUGUUUUCCGAGUGGGCCGGGGGGGUGUCCCGAACUUGCAUUCUCUACGCCGCGAAACAGGGAGAUCAGGAGGUACAGGGCGUGGCCCCGAGUUGUCUACCUUUGUGACGAGAAUGAAGAGUAGAAUAUUUUAUACUUCAAACACUUCUGCUUUGCGGAUUCUUACACCGGACGAAAAUGAGAAAUUUGAAGACAACGAAUACGAGCAAAAACUACAAUCAAAAAUCUCGUCCACUUCUAGAUGUGCAAGAUUCUUCUCGCCUACGGCGGCAAGGAGCUGCUGAAAGUCAAGGAUUUGAAGGGCCGAGACGGCGAGUACUACGCGAAACUGCACGGCAUCGACCUGCUCGACCUGAUGCAGAAUACCAGCCGGAUCGACUGCUGGAACCACAAGGCACUCCGGACCCUGGGCCGCUCGCUAUCGAAACAGAAGGAGGACGAAAAAAAGGGCGGGGGGAGCCCCUUGCAGGGGAAGACGUUGUAUCAAAUGCAAAAGUGUCUGGGUCUGGAAGAUUGCAACUUGUCAUGCUGUUUUUGGACUCUGAAAAAAUUUGCAUUGCAUGACCAGCAAGAGGAGGUUAGUUUGUGCUACGCGGGGAGGGCAGUUGUCAUGCGGAGUAGGCAUCAGGAAGCCCUCUAAAAAUCUGCGAUGCUAGCUCGUGCAUUACAGACAUCCUGGGUCAUGCAAAAUAUGGAUAACAAACCCGGCAACAUUCCAGACCCAGACACUUUUGCAGUUGAUACGUUGCUGCAGCUGUGCGAGCACAGCUACGAGGAGCUGGAAGAGGAGGAGCAAAUGAAAAAAAAAGCAUCGAAGAAGUAAGGAAAAUAUAGGGAUAAAAAGUAAAUUAAAAACAGCUUGUUUUUGUCAUGUAGGGUAGUUAGGAACAAUGGAAUGAUCGAUUCUUGUACACCUGGGAUUGUUCCUGGUCCUGCGUAGUUAACUACAUUGAAUAAAUACCACCUGUAUACCACUCAAUUGGAAAAAUCACAAUCACAAUAGCAUUCUUGCUUCUAUUUUUAUGUACAAUUCUUUUGGUGGCAGUUCCGAUGGUCUGCCUUAUGGUGUAAUGGGAGAAGUCGAUUAUUGAUAUCGUUAUGCUUGUAUGCACAACGCUAUUUGCAGCUUUCGUCGAAAAUGCGUUUUUUUUCUUGUGCUACGACAUGAAUGUAUUCACAAAGAAACCCACAGGAAAUCUGUACAAUUCUUUUGGAAAGGCAAUGGAAAAGGAAGAUAAG